GAGGAGUGGAAGAAGGCGACUGGGCGGAACUUAAUACAAACAUUGAGAGGCGAGGAUUUCGUGGAGUUGGACGAGGCCUUUAGCAUGGGGCAUCGCACUCUAUCCUCCGUCCCGGCCCUGUGGGCCUCCAUCCCCUGUCCACGCUCUGAGCUGCGCCUGGACUUGGUUCUAGCUUCUGGACAAUCCUUCCGGUGGAAGGAGCAAAACCCUGCGCACUGGAGUGGCGUGCUGGCAGACCAGGUAUGGACACUGACCCAGACCGAGGAGCAGCUCUACUGCACUGUGUACCGAGGGGAAAAGGGCCAGACUGGCAGGCCCACACCAGAAGAGCUAGAGGCCCUGCGCCAGUACUUCCAGCUGGAUGUCAGCCUGGCUCAACUGUAUCGCCAUUGGAGUUCCAAGGACCCCCACUUCCAAAAAGUAGCUCAGAAAUUCCAAGGUGUUCGACUCCUACAACAGGAUCCCAUCGAGUGCCUUUUCUCCUUCAUCUGUUCUUCCAACAACAACAUUGCUCGCAUCACUGGCAUGGUGGAGCGGCUCUGCCAAGCCUUCGGACCUCGGCUCAUCCAGCUUGAUGAUGUCACCUACCAUGGCUUCCCCAGCCUGCAGGCCCUGGCUGGGCCAGAGGUGGAGACUAAGCUCAGGAAGCUGGGCCUUGGGUACCGUGCCCGCUAUGUGAAUGCCAGUGCCCGAGCCAUCCUUGAAGAACAGGGGGGGUUGCCCUGGCUGCAGCAGCUGCGCAAGGCCCCCUACGAAGAGGCCCACAAGGCCCUCUGCACCCUGCCUGGAGUGGGCAUCAAGGUGGCCGACUGCAUCUGCUUGAUGGCCCUAGACAAGCCCCAGGCCGUGCCCGUGGAUGUCCACGUGUGGCAGAUCGCCCAACGUGACUACAGCUGGCAUCCCACAACAACCCAGGGCAAGGGUCCAAGCCCCCAGGCCAACAAGGAACUAGGAAACUUUUUCCGGAGCUUGUGGGGACCUUAUGCUGGCUGGGCCCAAGCAGUGCUGUUCAGUGCUGACCUACGCCAACCCCAUCAAGAACCACCAGCAAAGCGCAGAAAGAGAUCCACAGGGCUGGAAGUCUAGCUGGGGGGCACAGGACAAAGGGAUUCUCCCAAUAUCUUUUCCCUCCAUUCCCUAUACUCUCCUCCAUUCAGACUCAUGUUGGGAAGGGGGCUCCAUGCAACUACCUCAGGGUCCAGACACCCUCAAGCUAAGCAG